AUGGCUACUGUGCCGAUUGAUCCUUGUCAAAAUCCAAGUUCUCCAUUCUAUUUGCAUCCUUCUGAUAAUCCUGGCAUGAAAUUAGUAUCUGUUCAAUUUGAUGGAAGAAAUUAUAAUGAUUGGAAGCGUUCUAUGAUGAUUAGUUUAUCUGCUAAGAACAAAUUAGGUUUCAUUGAUGGUACUAUAGCAAAACCUGCAAUUACUAUUCAUUGUAAAGCUUGGGAGCAUUGUAAUAGUAUGAUGACUUCUUGGUUACUUGGAUUUCUGGAUCAAGAAUUGGCACGAAGUGUGUUGUAUUUUACAUUUGCAAAAGAAAUCUGGGAUAAUCUUGCUGAAAGAUUUGGUCAAGCAUCUGGCACUACUAUGUUUGCUCUUCUUCAAGCACUUCAUGAUACAAAACAGGGCACUGAUAGCGUUUCUAGCUAUUUCACAAAAAUGAAAAUGCUAUGGGAUCAAAUUGACUCUGUUGAUCCCUUACCAUCAUGUGGAAGUUGUGAUUGUGAUGGACGCAAGUUGGUUAAAUCACAGGAUGAUAGAAGAUUGAUUGAUUUCUUGAUGAAGCUAAAUGAAGGUUUUGAUAUACUUAGAGGAAGUAUUUUGAUCAUGAGCCCCUUACCCACAAUUGCACAUGUUUACAAACUUCUCAUCCAAGAAGAAAACCACAAGAAGUUGACUAAUCCUGGAUCUGCUAGUAAUCCUGGAUCUGCUAGUAACACUAAAGAGAUAAUGGCUUUUGCAGCAAAUAGAAACAAGUUUCAGGGAUCACAAUCAUUCCACAAGAAUACACCCAUGGACCAAAACGGCAGAUACAACAAUUACUACUGUGAACAUUGCAAGAUGGCUGGACAUACUAUUCAGAGAUGUUACAAAAUUCAUGGUUACCCAGCAAACUACAAGACUGAUAGAAUGGGAGAGAGAAAGGUCGCUGCUAAUUCUCAGCUUGACACAGAGCAAUCAACUGCAGAUAUGGGAUCUAUGACGUUUACACCUUCUCAAUAUCAACAAUUAAUUCAACUACUGGGGAAAGAAAAGAAUGAUGAUUCUACAGACAAUUAUGUUCAUCAACUGAAAUUAGCUUUUGUGGCAGGUACAUUCUGUUUACUCUCUGCUGUAGGCACUAAUUAG